CAUAUUCAAAUUUUUUACAGUAACAUGGUAUCCUCUAAAGUCAUCACCAAUUCAUAUGAAGGAUGAUUUAGAAUUGCCGACUCUCUAUCCGUCUGCACAUUGUGUAAACGUAUGAGAAGGUACAGAGACCCAGAAUUACAACAAAUAACAGUUUUCUCUUUAAUAUAAAAAAACUAGCUUCUUGAAUCGUCUGUUACUCGUUAUGAAAAUUACUGAUUGUCUUUUCCUAUUUAUAGUCCAUCAAAAGCUUGCACUUUGAUACCCGUUAAGCAAAAAUUUAUAUUUCACCCACGAUCAAUGAUAUGCGUAUUCCAUUCAUUGCAGCAAGGGGAUUGUAUAAUAUAUACUAUAUAUAUUACUUUCUCUAAACAAAGAAGUACACUACAAUCAAUGAUUGUCUUUAAACUUCUUGUUGUGUACUGUUUCUUGUCCUGCUUCUUAAGAUUUUCUGCUGCAAUAGACACUAUCACUCCAAGCCAUUCCAUCAGAGACGGUGAGACUUUAAUUUCAGCUGGUGGAACCUUUGAACUGGGAUUCUUCAGUCCUGGAAAUUCAAAAGGCCGAUACUUGGGAAUAUGGUAUAGGAUAUCUACUGACGCAGUUGUAUGGGUAGCCAACAGGGAGACUCCAGUUCCUAAUCGCUCCGGAGUUUUGAAGGUUACAAAUGAAGGAGAUAUUGUUGUUCUCAGCAACACAGAUACUAUCGUUUGGUCAUCCAAUACGUCAAGUGCUGCAGAGGGUCCAGUCGUACAGCUCUUGGAUUCAGGAAAUCUUGUUGUGAAAGAAGGAAAUGACGAUGACCUGGAGAACUUUUUGUGGCAGAGUUUUGAUUAUCCUUGCGACACAUUGCUGCCAGGAAUGAAGUUGGGAAAGAACUUUGUGACAGGUCUAGAAUGUUCUUUAACAUCUUGGAAGAGCACAGAAAAUCCUGCUCAAGGCGAGUUUUUAUUAAGAAUAAAUCCUCAUGGGUUUCCACAGCUAGUUGCUAUGAAGGGAGAUAAAAUAACUACUAGAGCAGGGUCAUGGAAUGGCCUACGUUUUACAGGAUAUCCUGGGUUAAUACCAAAUCCAAUAUUUCAGUAUGAAUUUGUGUUGAAUGAGAAUGAGGUAUAUUACGAGUUCACACUUGUGAACAGUUCAGUCAUUUCAAGGCUUGUAUUUAGCCCAUCAGGCAUUGCGGGACGCUUUACAUGGAAUGAUCGGACACACGGUUGGGAGCUUUACUCUACAUCCCAGGUGGAUCAGUGUGAAAAUUAUGCCUUCUGUGGUGCAUAUGCUACCUGCAAUGCUAAUAGCUCUCCAGUAUGUACAUGCUUGGAAGGGUUUGUGUCCAAAUCUCAAAAACAUUGGAAUUCAGUAGAUUGGUCUGAUGGUUGUGUUCGGAGGACUCAAUUGGAAUGCAAUGAUGGAGACGUCUUCCAGAAAUACACGGGGUUGAAAUUGCCUGACACAUCUUCUUCCUGGUUUAAUAUGACCAUGAGCCUUGUAGAAUGUGAGGGAUUGUGUUUGAAAAACUGUUCUUGCACAGCAUAUUCAAAUUUAGAUAUCAGGGGAAAAGGAAGUGGCUGCUUGCUUUGGUUCAAUAACCUGAACGAUAUGAGAGUAUACUCCCAUGGUGGGCAAGACCUAUAUAUAAGGCUGGCCAGUUCAGAAAUAGAUGAUAUUAAGAAAAACAGACAUUCCAGCAAGAUAAAACAAGCAGGAAUCAUAGUAGCCUCUGCAAUACUAGUCAUGGGAAUUAUAAUACUUGGAGUAAUCUCAUAUGUGCGGAAGAAGAAACUUCGUUUCAAAGGAAUCAUGAGGAAUGAUUAUGACAAUGAAGGCAGGAAAGAAGAUAUGGAAUUACCCAUCUUUGAUUUGAUGGCCAUCGCUAAUGCCACCUGUAACUUUUCAAGCAACAACAAGUUGGGAGAAGGUGGCUUUGGAUCUGUAUAUAAGGGUACACUGCAAGAGGGGCAUGUGGUAGCUGUAAAGAGGCUUUCUAAGAAUUCUGGACAAGGAUUGAAUGAGUUCAAAAAUGAAGUUAUUUUAAUUGCUAAACUACAACACCGCAAUCUUGUCAAGCUUCUCGGUUUUUGCAUUGAAGGAAAUGAGAAAAUGUUAAUCUAUGAAUAUAUGCCUAACAAAAGCUUGGACGCCUUUAUUUUUGAUCAUACAAGAAGCACAUUACUAGAUUGGCAUAACCGCAUCCACAUUAUUUGUGGCAUUGCUAGGGGGCUUCUCUAUCUUCAUCAAGACUCUAGACUCAGAAUUAUCCACAGAGAUCUCAAAGCGAGCAAUAUCCUUCUAGAUGAAAGUAUGAAUCCAAAAAUUUCAGACUUUGGCUUGGCUAGAACAUUUGGUGGAGAUCAAAUUGAGGCCAACACCAAUAGAAUUGUUGGAACAUAUGGUUAUAUGUCUCCUGAGUAUGCGGGGCAUGGACAGUUCUCAAUCAAAUCCGACGUCUUUAGCUUUGGAGUUUUGGUGUUAGAGAUAGUGAGCGGGAAAAGGAACCGGGGAUUUUUUCACCUAGAAGACCACCUCUAUCUCCUUGGACAUGCCUGGAGAUUAUGGAUUGAAGAUAAGGCAAUGGAACUGGCAGAUAAAGCUUUAGGCAACAUGUGCACUCUAUCUGAUCAAGUGCUACGAUGUGUUCAUGUGGGCUUGUUAUGUGUGCAGCAACGACCGGAAGAUAGGCCAGACAUGUCAUCUGUGGUUCUAAUGUUAAGCAGUGAGAUUUUACUGCCUAAGCCCAAUCAACCAGGUUUCUAUAUGGAAAAGGCUCUACCUGAAGCAGAUUCUUCAUCAACAAAGCAUGAAGCAUGUUCAGCCAAUGAAAUUACUAUCACGUUAGUAAAGGGAAGGUAA